AAGGAUUGAACCAGACAUCAUACUGCUGACCAUAUCCUCAGUCAGUCACUCAGAAGCUGGAGGCUUCGUACCCCACCCUAGCCUCCUAAUCGUUAAAAUAUUGUUGUGGAGUAGCACUAGCAUGAAACUGGUCUACCAGAAAAAUAAACAAUAAGAAUGGCAACCAGUCUUAGAUACCCCGUCCACUUGGCCGACUUCGACUAUCAUGGUGUCGGAACCCAUAAAGCGGCGGUACCAAAGACGGAUCACCUUUUUCGCGCGGGCAUGAGUGGCGGGACAGUUCAAGCUGUCGUGAGCACGACGGGCAAAAAAGAAUCGCGUGCACGUCACGAGACUCGCAUUGAAGCAGUUCUAGACGCGGGUAGGAUCGGAGAUCGGCUCUCCAUCGAGAUAAUCGAAACUGAUUGGACCCAAGUGUGUGCUGUAGAAAGGAAGGGGAAGGGGAAAAUGAAACAAGCUGCUGCGAAUAAGAACAAGAUGAGUAUUGCUGCUCUGAUAUCGUCUGCUGUCGCUGAGGCCGACGAGAGCAAGGUGCUGCUGAAUAGAGACAAUCGGCGCGUAGUGCAGUUUAAAUACGACAAAAUCAGACUCGUUGAAUCUUUCAACGAGCAAAAGAAGCGAGUCGCCGCUACAUCUAGCGGCUCCUCUUCUACUAGUGCAACUCCUGCGUCUUCAUCCUCCAACCUGACUGAUAUUCCUUUUUUACCUAGUAUCGUGAUCAUCUCCGUCCGGAGUGUAGGGGAGUGUUUGGCGACGCCGGCUCAGAGCGAGGUGCGACAGGAGUUGGUGAAGAUGGAGAAGCCUUUCGUACAGGCGGAUCGAGGCGAGUUCGCCUUGCAGUUUUUGAGCGCAGAUGACGCGCGGCGUUUCGUGGUCGAUUUGCAGCGUGCGAAGACGCAGGCGAAAGAGGAGGCUGCGGAGAAACGCGAGGAGCGAAAAGCGCUGAAGGAGGCUGGUCUCGGGUCGCGCGCAGUAGUCCCCAGCACGCCUGCCGACGCACUUCUCAACCACCUUGCAGUCGCGCCGAACUCCUACGCAGAAAAAUCCAUCAAGCGAUGGAAUCUCUUCGGACCCUUUGUGCGCGCAUCCGAGGCCCACUGGAAACGUUACUACGAAGAGCGUGACAAAGAUGAGGAGGACAGGCAUGUGUCUGUGGAAGGGGAGUCGGAAGCCAGUCAGUUGCAGGAAAAAUUACGACACCAAUUCGAAAACGCGCUCGUCUCGACUGGCAAGGUAGUCAUUUUAUGAUCCUUUUUCUUUGAUUUUGAAUCAAUUCGACUGAGUAAUGUACAAAUCUAGAAGUAGAAAUUAGAAAUAGAAAAUGAAAAAAUCAACAUUCUCUUGACCUUGAAGUUGAAAGUCAAUCAUAAAUAGAAAAAAAAUGGUUCCGUCCUCCUUCUCUGUGGCAUUGAAAAAGAUCAUAUUGAUUGGACGUUCAAAGAAGACUGUACACCAUAAGCAUAUUAAAGCAACCUACUAGCGAUAGUUGUCUACAUCAAGGAACGUUGCGGAAGUUCUUCUACGAAAGGCUUUGUGACAUUCUUUUUUUUCAUGACGUGUUGAUGUAAUGUUAAUUUCACCAGGUACGUCCUCAUGAGGCAGCGCUAGCGGCUUCGGGUUUGUUUCUCGGUUGGGCGGGCACAUUCGAAAUCGACUCUCUUCUCUGUCACAGAAGAUCUAUGUGCAUCCAUGCUGCCAAUGCGUGCCCAUAUAAAUUGAGCAUCGACUUCGUUGACUUGGACAACCACGAAAGCCAUCGCUCUUCUGAAAGGCCCGGCCAUUAAGGAAGCAUUGUUUGUCAAUAACAAUUAUAUCGUGAUUGUUCUGAUGUGUCAAGAAGUACACUUUUUAGUUACGUUAGGUUUACUGGAUGAAGUUCCUGUUAUGUCUUGUGCUUCUUAGUUAUAUAUAACUAGUUAAUAGAAAUAGGAAAGAAGCCCCAUCCCCAACACGAACAUAGUAGUUGAUUGUACACAUUAAUCAAUCUCAAAUAGAAAGAGCAUUUUCAUUCGACCGUACUGUGUGUAUAAUACGGGGAUCACCACACUCAGCAUGAGUAGUAGUAAAUGACGAUCGCUAACGCUAACAAGAAACGAACCUCCUGGAAAAAAUUGCUACAAUCAAUAAACCGAGCAUGGCAGGUUUCGAAAUUUCCGCACCACCAGAUCGAAUGCUGGAAGCGCCAAAGGCUAGUACGAAGGCACUCGCAGGUCGUUAUCUCACCGCCGCCGGUAUACUUUUGAACGAAUCAAGUCAUUUAUAUCAUUCCGAUGCUAUUUUGUCAACUCAAUCAUCAAUCUUGAUCAUUAUUCACGCAUAGGUCUUUUAUUCUCAUCACCGGAGAAAUGAGUCUAAGAUUAUGGAAGAGUUUGUCCUUUUGAUUGUGUGAUUAGUAUUAAUGAAUCAUGAUGAUGAUUGCAUCAAAACGACUACCAUGGAUAUACACGAAAUGAAAACUCGUUGAACGCCAAAUUCAAAUCUAGGUGGUGUGCAAAUACUGCUCGGAGAAGAAUACACGGGAUCGCUUUCGUCGCGAGAAUGUGACUCCGCUCUCCUUCGAGCUGUCGGUGCAAACACGGAUGGCAGAGAGCUAAUUUACGGGAAGGGAGCCCAGGCCAAUAGAUUGAUAGCCCCGCAGACUGUGCCUGAUGCAGCUGCGGUAGAAGUAUUGGAGCUCGCUUCCAUACUACCUCUAGAAAUAGUAAAAGAGAUGAAGAUAUUGAAGAAUACUAGCACGUUAUCACAUCAAUGUCCCGACAAGGAGGAGGACGAUGCACUGCUUGAUCUGGCACGACCAAACAGAAUGGAAGGUGCGAAGCUCUCGCAGGAAAGCGACGAGCCUGCGAUGAAGAAAGCACGGAUAAAUCUCGAUAACUAGUAAUAUUUAGGUGCUUAUCCCUACUUUGGCGAGGAGUAGGGACAUCAUUUGUUAAGAUGGAUGAUGGACUGCAUGUCUGGACAUGCCUGGCAUGCAUGGCGUGGGUCGAAGAAGGUCAGGUCGCGACCUUCUACAGGGAGCCAGAUGAAAGUGACGGGUGGCGGGGCGGCGUAAUGGGUUCUGCACGUUAUGCGCCGCUGUUGCCCUUGAGGCUCGCCCGUGUCUGUAAUAGGUUGGCCGUAGUUGCAUUUUUUUGGGUAAGGCGUGCCUCACUUAGCCGCUCCCGCUCCCAGGUCCCGCUGAAACAUGCAGAGUGCCCGGAGCCUGCCCACGCUUUCUCUUGCUUUAGCUGUUGGGGGCUGGGUUCCAACGGUUGGCGGACUUUAUGCGUGUUCAUAUUGUUUCUACUCUUUGGUUGUCAUGUAGUCUGCAAGCGAUUAGGGGGAAACUACGUUCGAGCUAUGGCGCCCGAAGGGCGCCGCCGAAAAUACAGAGGGUGUGGGGGGCGCACAUCCAUGCCAGGCUUGUCAUCCAUGCCAUGCAAUCCACAAAUUCAUCAAGAAAAACCAAAUGUCCUAAUAUCGUACAAAAUGAAAAAAUAUCAUUAUCAAAAUCUUCUUUGAUAAAAAAAAGGGUUGAAAUAUAUAAUUAUGUUCAUUUUCAUUGAUAAUGUGAAAAGUAGUUCAUUGAUGCACUGGUGUUGUCUACCCGUAAAUGUAAUAUCGGCACAAGCAUAGUUGUCAGUGGUCGUUGUCAUUGUACUACCAGUUGUAGUAUUCUUAUUACCUCCCGCUCUCCUGGUGCUGCACCAGAGUGCACAACAAUAAUAGUUAUCAUUCGCAUUCACAGCCAAUAUUUCUACGAUCACGAUAUGUCAUCCCCGCAAUCACCGCGAAGGAACAGAUUAUGUCGAGUAAAAUCAUACCCAUGAAAAGAAAAGGAACGCCAAGGAAAAAUACAGUAAAUCACAGAGCUUUGUCGAUCUUCCCUGUCUGAAAUUUUCAAGGUGCAUAAGUUGGAGAUGAGGGUGAGCUACUCUUCAUCUCUUUCAGUUAGAGGUAGUACCGCUAGAGUGAAAAGUUGAAAGCACUGAAAACCUUCUUGUAAGUACAUAACUACUUCAUGAUCAUGCUCACUUCUCGAGUAUGACUAAAGACACAACGCUACAGCUACGAUAAAAAGUAAAAGAUUAAUACUUCAUUGAGUGGAAUUCUCGAUUACAGUUACGAAUAGAUCUUUUCAUAUCCCCGUUUCCCAGAAUCUUUGCUGAACUUUUUCAGCUGCAUGACGCGACCACGACUACGAACCUGAUUGCCAGCGUGAAUGAUUUCGAUCGAUGCUGCCCUAGUGACGAAAGCAAGAAUUGAAACGGAGCAGGAUAGAAAUCUCCGAAGGGUACUUAU